AUGAGCAACCCGGCAGCAGGUGCAUCCCCCACCGCUCCUGCCCAGCAAGCCAUGUCAUUGGACAUCCCCCCAACCAGCAUGUCCACGAUAACGACAUCCACGUCCACUUGCACCACCACCACCACCACGUCCUUCACCUCCACCUCCACCUCAGUCUCCGCCUGCCACCGGCCCACUGCAUCCCAGACGUCCGUUGACAGCAACGACCGGGCGUCACUCCAGUCCCAAGCAACGCACCAGGAGUACCUCGACAGUCUCGUUGUGCCGUCCAAGGGCGAGCUCGAGCGCAUUGCCGAGAUCCAAAAGCACCGCGAGACGGAGCACCGUCGGCGGUCACGCGAGCAGCGUCUGAGCCAGCAGCAGAGUCUCGUGGCCUGUGACCGUGCGGCGGCGGCAGCAGCGAUUUCGCCUGUCAGCAGCAACCGGCCGACCUCUUCCCACGCCAAGAAGGAGGAGAAAGGAAAGAAGGACAAGGAGAAGAAGGGCAACAACGCCAAACAGGAUGGCAAACAGGACCACGUCGGCUUCUUCCGGGGCCUGGAUGUCUUCGUGGCGCAGUCUCGGGCGGCCGUUGUGAUCCAGCGGCACUACCGUGGCUACCGCGCCCGGCGCGAGAUGAAGGGGUUUAACAUCAAUGCCAACACACGCUGGGUGCAUGCCAUUCGUGAGGCGCGGUACCGCGAGCUGACACGGCCACGGGCGCGGGCCGAGCUAGGCCUCUCGGCAGAGCAGGCCUCCGCACCCGUACAGCAGCCGUUUGACGGCACAGAGGCGAGCUCGACACGCGCUAUGCGCAACUGGAAGAAGGCUACGGGCAUCCUCAAGUAUGCAAGCGGCGAUGUGGACUCGGACGAUGAGGCGGGCGAUGGCGACGAUGACGACGAUGACGACGAUGAUUCCGACUAUGACUCUGCGUGCGACUCGGACGCGGAGGGCCGCGAGAAUGGGCGGCAGCGGCCCGGGGCGGCUCGUGUUCGGCGCCGCAAAGACGCCCUCAUGAUGGGCCUUCAGUAUUUCCUCGAGAUGAUCGACCCCAAGCACCGCUACGGCGCCAACCUGCGGGUGUACCACGAGGAGUGGAAGCGGUCCGACACCAACGAGAACUUUUUCUACUGGCUCGAUUACGGCGAGGGGCGGCUGGUGGACACAACGGCCUGCCCACGCGCACGCCUCGACCGCGAGCAGGUGCGCUACCUGUCGCGCGAGGAGCGGCAGUACUACCAGGUCAAGAUUGACACGGAGGGCCGUCUCUGUUGGGCCAAGAACGGAGCGCGGAUCGAUACGACAGCCAAGUGGAAGGACAGCAUCCACGGCAUUGUGCCGGUCGACGACCCUACGCCAGCGUUUAAGCCCGUACUGGGCGAUGCGCAUGGGCAACACGGGCACGACGAACACGGCGACCUGCACCCUCGCCACCGCCAUUUCGACUCCGGCUCGGAGCCCGACUACGACUCGGACUCUGACUCUGACUCGAGCGUCUCAGAAAGCGAACUAGAAGCAGCCCGCGCCGCCAAGUACAACAUUCCGGACAACGACGAGGCCGUGGGCGCGCGGCCGUCCAGCAGUGGGAGCGGCAAGAGCGGCGGCAGUGCCGUGGCUAAGAAGAGCCACCACUUCUCGCCAGCGACUGUGGUUGACGCGCUGCUGCGCAAGUCGGUCCAGAAAAACACGUGGAUCUUUGUGGCCGACACGAGUUUCCGGCUGUACGUGGGCCUCAAGGACUCGGGCACCUUCCAGCACUCGUCGUUCCUGCGGGGCGCGCGCAUCUCGGCGGCCGGCCUCAUCAAGAUCCGCAAUGGCCGGUUGGUGGCGCUUUCUCCCCUGUCUGGGCACUACCGGCCGCCCGUGUCCAACUUCCGGUCGUUUAUGUCCGCGCUGCGCGAGGAGGGCGCGGACAUGCGACACGUGGCCGUGUCCAAGGCCUAUGUCGUCCUGGUCGGCCUGGAGGCAUACAUGCGGACGCGCCAGCGGGGCAAGAAGCUGCUGCGGAAGUUGCACCCACACGCACACAAUCACGACCAUGGCCAUGACCAUGACGGGGGUCGUGAGCAUGACCAAGAGAAGAAGCCCGAGCAAGCAGAGGAUGAAAAGACAGCAACAUCGACCACAGGCCGCCUUUUGCAAAAGCUGCACAUAAGGUCCGCUCCUCACGACGACAACGGCCAUGGUGGCACCUAA